AUACAAACACUUUCAACGCUUCAGAAUGGAGUGGUUGGGACAAGCAAAAAUCACUUUUACUCACCCACCCUCUCCUCUUGCUCUGACCAAAAAAGAUGGCUCGAAAACCGAUUUAUUAAGGAGUAAGUUGUACUCGUACCACCUAUCUUAUCCUCCCAUUUUUACAAUCCAUUUUUACAAUACUGACCUUUCGUGAUAGUUUGCGAAGAAGCCACGCCGCCAUGCAAACUCAAUCCAUUUCUGUUCAAUGGCCAUGUUCAAACCAUGUUGACUGCUUUCAAAGAUGAUGGUCCACCAGUCUUCUAUAAACGCAAGAUCUUUGAAGCAGAGGAUCCAACUUAUGAAGGAGUAAGCCAAAUCUCUUCUUUCACUUGAUAAAGAUACGGCUAGUAUUUGGCCUCAUAUUAGGACUUCAAUAGUCCCGUUUCAUCUUUGAAUCAUAUAUUGGAAAAGAAACAUCAUAUCAUUCACUUAUGAGAUUCGUGUAAAACUUCAAAACUGACCCCUUUUCAGUCUUACGCUGUUGAUUUCGUUGUCACGCCAAAUACAGAAACAGAUGACACCUUGCCAGUUCGUACAACAUAUUUCACCGAUGAAGAAUUCAACGGCAUUGCUUCUCUUGAUUCCAGACCCAUGCUUGUUACCCUGCAUGGACUUUCUGGCGGUUCAUACGAAAUUUAUCUCAAGCAUGUCUUAUUCCCAUUAAUCCAAGAGCAUGAAACUCAACAGUGGGAGGCAUGUGUUAUCAACUCUCGGGGUUGUGCAAAACACAAGAUUACAAGCAGUGUUCUCUAUAACGCCCGAGCUACUUGGGAUACCCGCCAAACGGUCAAGUGGUUGAGAAAGACGUUCCCAAAUCGACCUCUCUACGGAAUUGGUUUCUCACUUGGAGCCAACAUUCUCACCACUUACUUAGGCGAAGAGGGAGAAAACUGUAUGUUGGAGGCUGCAGUCGUGAUUUCGAAUCCAUGGAACUUGGAAUCUGGAUCCUUGGCGCUGCAAAGAACCUGGCUUGGACGAGAAGUCUACUCAAAGACGAUGGGCAACAAUAUGAAGAGACUUAUGGAAUUGCAUCACGAUCAAAUUUCAAAGAACCCAAAACUAAACUAUGAAAAUAUUCGCAAAGUGCGAUAUCUUCAUGAGUUUGAUCGAGAGGUUCAGGGACCUACAUGGGGAUAUCCUACAGAAGGAUCGUAUUAUCGGGAUGCUUCCUCAACGGAUGCUCUGUUAGCUGUCAAGAUUCCGCUAUUUGCUAUCAACGCAGAAGAUGAUCCCGUAAGUCCUUCCUCCUAUCUUCCUUUUAGUUUUGACUUUUUUUCAUAACUGCCAGCUGGAUUGAAAUAUCCUUGACAUUUCGAACUCAUGAAUCAUUCGGCAUGGAACAAACUAAUAGUUGAACCUUUUAUAGAUCGCAAGUCACGAAGCAUUGCCAUGGCAAGAAAUCAAAGCCACCCCAUACGCCGUCAUGUGCACAACUUCCCUUGGAGGCCAUCUAUCCUGGUACGAACUCGGAGGUGGAAGAUGGCACGCUCACCCGGUAAGCUUUUCUUGCAUGUCCAUACAAAAUCACCACAUGAAUCUCCUAUCAAAACCGAGUUGUCAAUUUCCAAUCAUCUCUGGCCUUCCGGAUAACAAACCAGAAGAUCAACAUUCAAGAUCCCCACUAACACAUUUCCCAGGCAAUCAACUUCCUCAACAAAAUGGCCUUCGAAAUCCAAUCCCCACCCAUCAUCAACGGACAACGCGCCAAAUUCGGCCCAGACCACAGCGCCGAAUUCGUCCCCAUGCGUCGCAAGAUGGCGUAUGGAAAAGCGGAUCGCAUCAUCCAAGAUAAAAGCCAUGUAUGAACUUGUAUCUCACACGGAGUGUAUGACAAUCCCUCGACUUGACCGCGAUGAUAGAAAACUUGCGGUGUUAUUCUGAUAUGAAGGAGAUAGAAUGUACAAAAGUUUAGAGAGAGAGAGAGUCAGAUUUGUUCAUAGACACGGCGUGGUUCAUGUUUGCUAUUGUUUUUUGCAUUUUUGUUUGCAUAGAACAGCAAAAUGAUACCUCGAAUACAGUAGAGAGAGAGCAAAGGCAUGAAUCCAUUUACUUGUAC